GUGUGCGGGAGACUUGGUCCUCCAUAUUUGCGUUUUGAUAUAACAUCAAAAAGUAGUGUUCCGAGGUGGAUUUUUUGGUAGUUUUUCCGGGUAAAGUGGUCGCUUACUUAAGGCUUAAGUAGUUUAUCGUCGAGAAUAAGUUCGCUAAAGGCAGCUAAUUAAGUUUUCCGACGAGGAAUGUACCGUAAAGGAUAACUUUUCACCGAUGGAAAAACUUUGACAAGCGAUCCUAGUCCAAAUAGGAGAGAGUGUCAGCUAGAGUGUGAAAGGGGGAGUGCAGAGAAAAAUCCGCCCCAGAAAAAUCGGUUCAAUACUGUGUGUUUGGAAAACUAAUCGAGGUGGAAAACUGUUGGAGACGAUUAUUGGGGAGUGUUGAUGAUUCAUGGCGAGAAAAUCCAAUAGGAACCGAAUAAUUUCUUCAGCUGCGGGCCAAUUGGGGCUCAUUGUUGGUGGGAAAAGAAAUUUUCGAAUUUGGGAACACCGUAGUCGGACAGUGAAAUAUUUAGGAAGUGCGUGACUGUGUUGUCGUCAUAAUCAUUUGGAGCCUUUUUGAGGGGUAGUGUGCGUUCAAUUUCGGUGCUGUGUGCGUGUUUGCAUGACUGAAAAUUUGUGUUCUGUAAUUUUUACGAGGCCCGCAGUUGCUUUACUGGGGUGACGAGUUCGAAAAGGUGGAAUAAUUGGUGGCUGAUUAACGGUCGAAUAACCGCUGAUCCAUUUGGAAACUAUUGGUGAAGAAAGCUGGAUCCAUUCUGGUCCAAAUAGUCUAGGAAAAGUCACAGGAUGUUGGUGUUGUGACACGAUUGUUUCGUGAAUUUGGGGGUGGUACGAAAGUAUGUUCGUGCGUGUGAAACUGUGACGAAUACAUACGAAACAAAGGAUAUACGGGAGCGCUCCUGUGCGAAAAGUUUGUGAUUUGGAUUCUGUUACAUAAAAAUUUUACGAAAAAGGAUACAGGGCAGUUUCGCGAUAGCUUGUUGUUCCUCGACCGUUUUCAUCUACCGAUUCCGAGUCUGAAAUAUUCAACAGCCCCUACUUGCAAAAGGUUUCCAAAAGCAGGAAUAGCAGAAAAUAACAGCAACAACAGCAAAAAUGGGCACAGUACUAAGUUUUAGUCCCCGGGAGCGUCGACCCAUUUAUUCGACACACCAUCACAGUGCUGGGACACUGUCCUCGUCGAAUUCGGCCGAUUUCCCACUGAACAACUACUCGUACGAGCAGUUGAACAACGUCAAGAACAGGGAAAACACCAAACCACCCAAUCUGAUCCAGGCGGUCCCGAACAACAAUGCCAUCAACAACAACAACAACAACAAUGCGCUCAAUUUGAGUGGCAAAGACGAUGGCAAGAAUAACAACAAUUCGACCAGCGCAGGGGCAUUGAUGUUGCUCCAGCACCAGGCACAACACCAGGCCAACAUCACCGGAAAUGCCAACAUCAACAGCAUCAACAACAACAUCAACAGCAACAACAACAGCAACAGCAUACAGGAACGCAACAACAACAACAAUAACAACAGCAGCAACACCGACAGUGCUCGAAUCCUGUCUGAGAAGAAUGCUCUAGAGAAGAAUCUUAAGAAGCAUUCGUUGUUCAUCAAUGCUUUGUCCUGGAAACGGCUGGCCGCCUCACACGGCAAGAAAAAGCUGGAGAAUCAGAAGAACAAAGCCGCCAAUCUGGGUUCCGGAAUUCCGUUCCGGACUCCGCUCACCGACACGAUCCACCCGAUGGUGGACAAGAACAAGAAUCUGCAGCAGUCGCAAUCGUUCACCCAGCCCAUUUCCGGCAGUCAGCAGCAGCUCGCAGCCCAGCAGCAGCAGCAAACCGUUUACUUCACCCCGGGGGGUCCGAAAGCCUUGCUAGCUCUGGACCUGGUUCGAGCCAACAACACAAAUCCGCUUUCCCAGCCGGAUAAGCUGGCUCCGAAGCUACCGCUGCAACUUCCUCUACCUUUGCAGCCGAUUCUUAGUCAGCAGCAACAAGUGCAGCUCCAGCAGCAGCAGCAACAGCUGCAACAACAGCAACAGCAUGGACAGUUGCCGCAGCAGCUGCAGCAUCACGGUCACGGGCCGAGGAAAACUGUCAUUCAGGCCUCCACAUCCGAGCUGCUGAAAUGUUUGGGAAUGUUCCUGCACGAUCGGUGCCGAAAGUUACGGGAUUUCCAGGCGGGAGAUGCCGUCAUGUGGCUGCGGGCAGUCGACAGGAGUUUACUUAUUCAGGGAUGGCAGGACGUUGCCUUCAUCAAUCCGGCGAAUGUGGUGUUCGUGUACAUGCUGGUCCGGGAGCUGGUCGAUGGCGAGGAAACGAAAGAAGCUGAGCUGCAAGCUGCCGUCCUCACCUGCCUGUACCUGUCCUACUCGUACAUGGGCAACGAGAUUAGCUACCCUUUGAAGCCGUUCCUGGUGGAGGAUUCCAAGGAAAAGUUCUGGGACCGCUGCCUGCUGAUCGUGAACCGGCUGUCCUCCAACAUGCUUCGGAUCAACGCCGAGCCCGGUUUCUUCACCGAAAUCUUUACCGAACUCAAAGCCUGCGGCAUGAACUCGUCCAGCGCGACCAGUAACGGAAACCUGCCGUGUGGUGCAGCUUGACGCAGCAACAUCAACGGUGGCAACAGCAAUUCCGUGACCCUUCAACAACAGCAGCAGCAACAGCAACAACAGCUGCUACAGAACAGCUUGAAUAACAAUAACAUUACCGGCAGCAGCAUCAAUACUAGCAUUAGUGGAAGUGGUAGCAGCAGCAACAACAAUGCUGGCAAUGGUAUCGGAAGUACCAGCACCGGAAGUCGUCAUCCGCGGGAAGUUGUGGUUCGACUGUCGAUAGCUGGGCAACAGCAGAAGUACCAGCACCAGACGACCCUGCAGGAGCUGACCAGUGUGGUUUGAACGAACGAGAACCAGCAAAGAGACGAAGAUGCAAGAACAAACCAAGAGAGGGAAGUUCAACGAACAAGCCUAAGGCCUCAUUAUACCAAAACCACCACCACCAUCGUCACCUUAUCUGAGACAUGAAACCCAAAACAAAACCAAGAAAAACCCGUAACGUAACCCCGUUAGUUCUGAUUCUGAUCUAGAUGAGUUAUUGAGGUCAUCUUCGGAGAUGGCGUUCUGUGUUAGACACUUCUUAGAGACACCGUAUAGAUAGUCAGGUGAAGAUGUUCCGAGGGGUUUUGAAUUACUUGAGACUCUUCGGAGAUCAGCGCUUGAAGUGUGCCGUUUUAAAUUUUAACCUAACUUUAAAAUAUAGGUCAGCCCGAGAGAUUUGUUGCUACCUGACAUUUCGGUUUUUGAAAUUCUGUACCUAAGUGGUACAAAAAAAGAAAAACAAAACUCACAAUCCGGAAAUAUAUUUAAAAACAUCGUUAGACAUUCCCAGAAGAAAGAAAAUCCCGAAAUCGAAAAAUAUUUAACCACAGAGACAGAACCAUAUAGACACACACACACGUAUAAAUCUAAAAAAGGCGGCUUUUGUGGUUGCAGUUGAAGAGAACCACAAACGGAAACAAAAACAAAAUGUGAUUCAAUGAAAAAUAAUUUACUACAACUAAAGUUAGGAGUCGUUCCCUGCGAAAGUACGUUUGAUGCUGGUAGAAACGAAAUACAGCAACUGGCUGUAAAGGUUAUGAAAAAUGUUCGAAAAAAUCACUCCGCAAGAUUGAUUCCAUCGGAAUUGUGACAGAAGGCUAAAUCUCAUUCAAAAGUGCAGGUUUGAUCUUGUUUUGAACCAUUGGGCAUAUAGUCCUCAUCACUGGGCCAUUUUCCAUAGAACAGAAAUCUUCAGAAAAGAAGAAUCUCAAAAAUACUUCUCAUUUGUUUUUAUUUUAUCUGUCAAACACAAGAAACGGAAGAGGCUAGAAUAAAUUGUUCAGAAAAUCAACUUGAAGAAAGAAAAAUUAAAGACACAGCAUGUAAAAAAAUCUAGUCAAAGGAAGGGAAGAAACCAAAAACAAAAAAAAACACGAAACGGAAGAAGUACCCAAAAAUUGCCUAGUUAGUAAGUGAAUGUUGAAGUUUGAUUUUAGAGGUUAAGUCAAAGAUGGUGAAAAAAAGGAGCUUGGUUUGAGUGUGCAAUGCGAUAGGGGUGGAAAAGUGACAUACAAGAUUGUUUGCUUUUAUAUUUAUUUCUAUUUUAAGUUAGAUCAUUUAGGGAUUUUCGAUCCCUCUACAUUCCGUUAGGUAAUAUUGAUACAUAUCAGGAAUGUUCAAAACAGGCAGCAUACGUAAACAUUUAUAAAAAAAAAUGCAUAAUUUUAAUUAAAUUUUGUGAUUUUAGCUUACUUCUGGCCAUGGAAACGCUUUUCUAUAGAAAAAAAAUCAACUGGCAACACGGAAAUCUAGUCAUUUUUACUAACAAGUUCUAAUUUUAAGCAAUCUCCGGUUUUUUGUUUUUAUUUAAUUAUUUAUAAUUCACAAAAUCAAACGUAGAUAAAUCAAGCCCUCUUUCACAGAUGUAUAAAUUAAAAUCGAAAAGUGUACAUACCAAAAAAUAUUUUAAAUUCCGAUCAAAGCAAGAAAAAAGUUUAAAAACGCUAAAAGCAAACAAAUUUUCAACCAAAAAAAAAUGCAACAUUUCACUUAUACACUUUCACUACGAUAUUAUGUUUAGAUAAAAAAAAAAAUGGCAUCCAAUAAUCCAUCCAAACGUUGAGUUGAUUAAUUUUAGCGAUAAAUUAAGCUUCAAAAUGAGCUGACUUCCCAGUAGAAAAAUACAAAAAAAAAACUUAUCGAUUGAAAACAAACCAAAAACAUAAAAUAAGGUUUGAAAUUUUGAGUUGAGUAAAUUUGUAAAUCAGAAACUUUUGAGGAAAACACUUUAGAAU